GGCCUGGACACUGUCCCUGAACUCUUGUUCAAGGCUAGCACUCUACCCCUUGAACCACAGCUCCACUUGUGGCUUUGGGGUGGUUAUUGGAGACAGGAGUCUCACAGACUUUCAAACUUCCCUGGCCUGACUUCCAGUCAUGAUUCUCUAAUCUCAGCCUCCUGAGUAGCUAAGAUUAAAGGUGUGAGCCACAUUACCCAAGCAGAAUUUUCUUACUUUUAAGUGAGAAUAACUCUGUGUACUACGUUACAUGAAACCCCAGUGAAGUCUGGAGUAGUCAGUGCCUGUGCUUUGUUUGAAAAAUGUUUAUGAAUCAGUUAAGGACAGUAAGUAAUCUCACAUGAGGCCACAUUUUACUGCUGAAUGAGUUCAGAACGGUUUAGUUUUUGCCAGCAUUGAGUAAUGAAGGAACUCUCAGUUUUACAGCUUUUUGUGUUUUGAAUUUGAGGAUAAAAUAUCCUGUUUUUACUGAAUUUUAACUUGGGUUAUCUCUUCAGCAGACUAUGAGCUCCUUGAAAGAAGGAAUCGUGUUUUGCUCAUCUUUUUGUCCCCAGUGUCUAGUACAGUUCCUCAUACAUAACUUAAACUGAAAUUUGGGACAUGGCCACUGCUUCACCAAGGUCUGAUAGUAAUGAUAACCACAGUGGAAGGUUACAGUUACAGGUAACUGUUUCUAGUGCCAAACUAAAAAGAAAAAAGAACUGGUUUGGAACAGCAAUAUAUACAGAAGUAACUGUUGAUGGAGAAAUUAAAAAAACAGCGAAGUCCAGUAGUUCUUCUAAUCCAAAAUGGGAUGAACAGCUUACUGUAAAUGUGACCCCACAGACAACAUUAGAAUUUCGAGUUUGGAGUCAUCACACUUUAAAAGCAGAUGCCUUAUUAGGAAGAGCAAUGGUGGAUCUGAAACAAGCCCUUUUAACGCACAAUAGAAAAUUGGAAAAAGUGAAAGAACAACUAAAACUCUCUUUGGAAAACAAGAAUGGUGUAGUACAAACUGGUGAACUAACAGUUGUACUUGAUGGACUAGUGAUUGAGCCAGAAAAUCUAGCAAAUCAUAGCUCAUCUCCAACAAUAGAAAUACAGCAAAAUGGGGAUGCCUUACAUGAAAAUGGAGAUCCUUUGGCAAGGACAACAACCAGGUUGGCUAUUGAAGGUACUAAUGGAAUAGAUAAUCAUGUACCUACAAAUACUGGCAUCCCAAACUCAUGCUGUUCGUAUGUAGUUAAUGGAGACAACACACCUUCAUCCCCGUCUCAGGUUGCUGCCAGACCCAAAAAUACACCAGCUCCAAAACCACUCACCUCUGAGCCUGCCAAUGACACUGUUAAUGGAGAAUCAUCUUCAUCUGCACUAAUUGCUAAUGCUUCUGCCAUGGGUACUCCGGUACCAUCCGAAGAACCCACAUUGACUUCAGAUUGCACUAGCACUACCAUCGAAGAUUCUCCUGUUCAGGAGCUACUGGCAUCCUCAGAACACAAUGAAUGUAUUCCUUCUGUCAGUACAGAAUUGGGACCUGAAGCUCAGAAUCUAUUAGACCUUAAUUCCUCUAAUUCUGGAAGUAGUUCUGCUUUUGACAAAUUAAGGCAACCAGAUGGAUGUGUGGAACCUCUUCGGCAGCAGUCUGGAAAUGCAAACACAGAGUCUUUGCCAUCAGGAUGGGAACAGAGAAAGGAUCCUCAUGGUAGAACCUAUUAUGUGGAUCAUAAUACUCGAACUACUACAUGGGAGAGACCACAACCUUUACCCCCAGGUUGGGAAAGAAGAGUUGAUGAUCGUGGAAGAGUUUAUUAUGUGGAUCAUAAUACCAGAACAACAACAUGGCAGCGUCCUACCAUGGAAUCUGUUCGAAAUUUUGAACAGUGGCAAUCUCAGCGGAACCAAUUGCAGGGAGCAAUGCAACAGUUCAACCAACGAUACCUCUAUUCGGCUUCAAUGUUGGCUGCAGAAAAUGACCCAUAUGGACCUUUACCACCAGGCUGGGAAAAAAGAGUGGAUUCAACGGACAGGGUUUAUUUUGUGAAUCACAACACAAAAACAACCCAGUGGGAAGAUCCUAGAACUCAAGGCUUACAGAAUGAAGAACCUCUACCGGAAGGCUGGGAAAUUAGGUAUACUCGGGAAGGUGUUAGGUAUUUUGUUGAUCAUAACACAAGGACAACAACUUUCAAAGAUCCUCGCAAUGGGAAGUCAUCUGUAACAAAAGGUGGUCCACAAAUUGCUUAUGAACGCAGCUUUAGGUGGAAACUUGCUCACUUCCGUUAUUUGUGCCAGUCUAAUGCACUUCCCAGUCAUGUAAAGAUCAAUGUGUCCCGGCAGACAUUAUUUGAAGAUUCCUUCCAACAGAUCAUGGCAUUAAAACCAUAUGACUUGAGGAGGCGAUUAUAUGUAAUAUUUAGAGGAGAAGAAGGACUUGAUUAUGGAGGUCUGGCAAGAGAAUGGUUUUUCUUGCUUUCACAUGAAGUUUUGAACCCAAUGUAUUGCUUAUUUGAAUAUGCGGGCAAAAACAACUAUUGUCUACAGAUAAAUCCAGCAUCAACUAUAAAUCCAGACCAUCUUUCUUACUUCUGUUUCAUUGGUCGCUUUAUUGCAAUGGCACUAUUUCAUGGAAAGUUUAUUGACACUGGUUUCUCUUUACCAUUCUACAAGCGUAUGCUAAGUAAAAAACUUACUAUUAAGGAUUUGGAGUCUAUUGAUACUGAAUUUUAUAACUCUCUUAUCUGGAUAAGGGAUAACAACAUAGAAGAAUGUGGCUUAGAAAUGUACUUUUCUGUUGACAUGGAGAUUUUAGGAAAAGUUACUUCACAUGACCUGAAGUUGGGAGGUUCCAAUAUCCUGGUGACUGAGGAGAAUAAAGAUGAAUAUAUUGGCUUAAUGACAGAAUGGCGUUUUUCUCGAGGAGUACAAGAACAGACCAAAGCUUUCCUUGAUGGUUUUAAUGAAGUUGUUCCCCUUCAGUGGCUACAGUACUUUGAUGAAAAAGAAUUGGAGGUUAUGUUGUGUGGCAUGCAGGAGGUUGACUUGACAGAUUGGCAGAGAAAUACAGUUUAUCGACAUUAUACAAGAAACAGCAAGCAAAUUAUUUGGUUUUGGCAGUUUGUGAAAGAGACAGACAAUGAAGUAAGAAUGCGACUAUUGCAGUUUGUCACUGGAACCUGCCGUUUACCUCUAGGAGGAUUUGCUGAGCUCAUGGGAAGUAAUGGGCCUCAAAAGUUUUGUAUUGAAAAAGUUGGCAAAGACACCUGGUUACCAAGAAGCCAUACAUGUUUUAAUCGCUUGGAUCUACCACCAUAUAAGAGUUAUGAACAACUAAAGGAAAAACUACUUUUUGCAAUAGAAGAGACAGAGGGAUUUGGACAAGAAUGAAUGUGGCUCCUUGUCUUGGAGGAGCUCUUGCAUUUAAAUACCCAGCAAAGAAAAUUGCACAGAUAGUGUAUAUAAGCUGUUCAUUCUGUACAGUGAACUUUCUGAACCUCUCAAAGUAUAAAUGUUUUCCAUUCUUCCACAGAAAUAUGCAAAACAGUUCAUCGUUUUCUACUUUAUUUAUUUUUCCCUUGAAAUGACUGACCAGGAAAAAAAUCAUCCUUAAAUUUUGAAGCAAGCAAGACUUUAUUAAAAAUAAUAAGUAUAUAGCUAUAUAAACAUAUAUGAUAGUGGCUCUAGUUUUAUAGAGCUCCACGUGUAUUAAACAUGCCAGCCGUUCCUUCAUAAAGGUAUAAUUUGCUCUACCUUUUCUGUUGUCCAGGGGAAAGUGCAAAUUGUCCCAUGGUCAUCUCUCUUAGGGAACAACUCCUGAGAGUGUUAGUUGCAUGGCUGUUCAGGAAGGUAUUAAGGGCUUAUGCCAAAUCUUACCUGACUAUAUUAAAAAUGCUGCUGGCUUUUAUGAAGACAGGUGCUUGGACCUGUUUUAAAUGAAUAUAUAGUUGAAAAACUCCCUCUUUGCUCUUUCAGUAAUAACAGUUAAAGUAAUGAAUGAAACCUUAACUUACAUGGAGCUCAUGUACUCAGUCCAAUAACUGUUAGAGAUUGGGAAGAACUCAUUGAGCAAUGUAGAGAUUUGUUUACAUGUUUCUUUGGGAUGUUAGGUAUUUAUGGAAUUUUAAAGAAUCAGGCAUUUCUGUACUUAUUUUUUUCAAUGUGAUGUUCUUCAGAUUACUAGUAAUAAAUUGAUAGUUUGAUAUUUAGGAACAUAAAAAUGGUAAUGUGGACUUUGCCACUUUUGUUUGUGUUUAAGCUUUGGCUUUAUAAAAACAGGUAGAAUAAAAACAGAUGGGUUGAAAAGUUACAUAAACAUUUAAACAAAUAUACUAAGAACUUUCUAUUAGUGUUUCAGUAGCCUACUUCCUAUCAGAUUCAUGAAAAUUCUGUUAAGUGAGCAAAUUAAAAAAUCUGUUUCUUCUAUACCCAAUUUUAUAAUUAAGUUAAUUUUGUUCAAAUAAUACGUUUUAAUUAUAAGGGUAUUCAGUAAACUACAAAGAUACAGAUAAAAAUAAAACCCGAUGUGAAUGACAAUACUGAUUUCAGCAAAAUGGGCUUCCCAAUUAAUAUAAAAAUUACAAUUCCUAUUUAUAUCAUGCUUCCAGUAUGCACUAUAAAUUUCAUUGACUUAAAUUUUUUUAAAUAAGAACUGACUUCUAAGAAUGGUACCUGUAAAUAUUCCCGAGUGCAUACAGAAAAUACUAGUAUACAACUUAAUUUUUAAACACUAGUUUUUGUUUUGCCAAAAUUUUAUUUUUCUACACAUUUUAGAUUGCCCUGCAUUUUUAUUCAUAAGCCAUAGUAAAGAUGGAAAAGGCAGUGAUCCACUUAGUUGAGUAGAAUCCUCUCUUAGAUCCUGAUUAGAAACUUUCUGUUGCUAUAUGAAUUUAUCUAUCACAGAAGUUGUAUGUCAUUUGGUGGAGAUACGUUAGACUCAGGUAAGAGUUCAGGGUAUGGACCCCUCUUGUAUGAAGUUGCAGUCCAUCAGGUAAGGCUACAGAGCCCACAUCAGCUUUCUGGUUUCCAAAGACUACACACUUGCCUGUACCUUUCCACUUUUCAUACCUAAUUACAUAAAAAACAAACCUACAGAAAGAGUGUCAUUUACUGAGUGGCAGUCAAAAGCCCAAGAGAAAUGUAGUCCACUCCUCUCUUCCAAUCCCUCCUCUGAGCUAGAGUGGCAACAGAGAUAUUAGUACAAAGUUCAUAGUGCUUGAAAACAGCUCAUGAGGAAAUACAGGAUAGAGGCUCUCAUACAGGUUCAUACUACAUUUUGGUUACAUGCCCACCACUAAUAUAAACCUAACACUUAACAGUUUCAUCCAUCAGAUCAGUCUGUUCUCCAGGAAAAGCUAUCAGUGCUUUGAUUUGUAUCUUUGCUGAACAGGUGGAGUUAAACAUAUUCACAAAACAUUUUUCAUAAUAACUAAAUGCCUAGAACUUCUUCACCUGAAAACUAGAUAAGAUGGUGGUGUGUUCUCAUUGCCAGGCAACCUUGCUUCUAUUUGAGGAUAAAAGUGACCCUGAUAAACUGCAUCUGGAGUAAAAAUAAUGUCCAGAUACGUAAUAGGGAGAUUUAUAAUUAGGAUUUCCUCUGAGUGAGAAAACUUCCAACUGCCUGGCCCUUAUAAAGACCCUGAGUUGAGGAGAUGAUGGUUGUUUAGAGUACAAUAUGGAUACUGUUUACAAUGCCGGUAAGAGGGCUUCUGAAAGAAAGCCCAAGGUUAGCCUGCUGGCCAGUUAUAUUCCUGCCCUACCACUUUCUAAGUAAAUUUAUGUCAAAUGUAGGUUGAGUCCUAAUGUUUGAUUAAACCUAAAACAAUCUAAUGAAUAUUGCAGAGGCAAAACAGAAAUCUGUUGAAUUUUGUGAAUGAGAAAAUAAAAUUUUUUUUUGUAACGUCCCUAGUUUUCUUACUCUGUGUACUUAAUACCAAAGUUUGGUCUAAGUCCAAAAUUGAUGUCUCAUGAAUUGUGAAAUUUCUGAUCCCAAAUGUAGCAAAGGAGUUAGAUGUUAACAGUAUUUUUGAAAGUUACUAAUGCUCAUUAUAAAUCCUUUACAUAAAAAAGUAUUCUCUUAGAUCUCACCACUC